CUUUUGUUUUGUUUGCUAUUUAUUCCCCUGUACUGGAAAAUAUCGUUUCAUGGCCUUACAGUCCCACACGCAAAGAGCGUGUCGAGAGUGCUGUUUUGUUCAGUAGAUUGCCUAAACUGGGGGCUUCCUCCUGUACCGGUUUCAGCUUAUUGUUGGGAAAGGCAAAAGGCAGCUGCAGCGGCGAAGUCCCCGCUGCGCACUGCACGGAGAGCGGAUACGUGUGCAAUCGAGGGCCGUGGAUUGAGGAGGCCUGUGUGUGCUAACCGUUACAAGCUACCACAAGACAAGAUUUGUGGACAUAAACAUCAGUGCACGUCUGACAUAAAUAUACCCCACUAUAUUGCUGUAUAACUAGCUGUCUGUGAAACCCGUUGUGUAUUAAUUAUGUUGGACUCCAACAUUUAGCUUUUAGCUAGCCUAACAGUGACUGUUUUGCUAACUAGCAUCGCUUAUUCGCCUUGUAACUACCUUUUGGUAACUUGCUGGCUAGCGAAGAAAACCAUCAAUUAAAAUUCGAGCGGGCUGAUGCACACAUGUAGUUUAAUAUUUAUUCACGCAAAUUGUAUUAAUGUUACGUCUUCUGUACUUGCUAAACAAUGAUCAGUAAAAUCUUUCCUUGCUAGGUCGCUGGCAAAUAAUAUGAUGUAAUACUACAGGUAGAUAGCUAGCAUAUUGGCUAACUUACCUGGCCAGAUAAAAAGUGCAUAGCUAACUGUUAGCGCAGGUUGGCUAUCUGGCAACGUGGUGCUUACGAUGUAUUAGCUAGCUCAAGGAAAUAAGUACAUUUGAUACAUUUUGUUUUCUUGGCAAAAACACCAGAGUUCAAUAGAAGCAUAUUCGGGGACGUACGAUCUGAAACAAAACGGCGUGACUACUUGAAGCAUCGGAAGAAAACCAUAGUUUUACAUUGUUGAAAUGCUGAUGAACAAGCUGAAAUCGUCACAGAAAGAUAAAGUGCGUCAGUUCAUGCUUUUCACACAGUCCAGUGAAAAGACUGCGGUGAGCUGCCUGUCACACAAUGACUGGAAAUUAGACGUAGCCACAGACAACUUCUUCCAGAAUCCAGAGCUAUACAUUCGCGACAGCCUGAAGGGAGUUUUGGACAGAAAAAAGUUGGAACAACUCUACAACAGAUACAGAGACCCUCAGGAUGACGAUAAGAUCGGGAUCGACGGCGUGCAGCAGUUCUGUGACGACCUCGCCCUCGACCCGGCCAGCGUCAGCGUGCUGCUCAUCGCCUGGAAGUUCCGCGCCGCCACGCAAUGCGAGUUCUCCAAGCGGGAGUUCAUGGAGGGAAUGAUGGAGCAGGGGUGCGACACCGUCGAGAAACUGAAAGCUCAGCUGCCGAAAAUGGAACAGGAGCUGAAGGAGCAGGGCCGGUUUAAGGACUUCUACCAGUUUACCUUCAACUUCGCCAAGAACCCCGAGCAGAAGGGCUUAGAUUUAGAAAUGGCCAUUGCAUAUUGGAAUUUAGUACUUGCUGGAAGAUUCAAAUUUCUAGACCUGUGGAACCAGUUUUUAUUGGAACACCAUAAACGAUCGAUACCCAAAGACACGUGGAACCUCCUGCUAGACUUUAGUACAAUGAUCGCAGACGACAUGUCCAACUAUGACGAGGAAGGGGCGUGGCCGGUGCUGAUCGAUGACUUCGUGGAAUUUGCGCGGCCGAAGAUCGGGACGAGGAGCACGGCGGUGUGAGCGCUGGAGCCGGGAGAACGCCGGGUCGGGUACGGCCGCCUCGCGCGGGGCCGCGUGCGCACGGCACUCCGGGCUGGACCGAGCCUCGGGCCUCGCCAAGACCGAGACGCCAACGCAGACACUCUGAGCGCCUCUCCGUCUCCCGGGCGACCGGGCCUCGCUGCAGCCUCGCUUUCAGAGUCGCCCGGGGCAACCGGACUCCAGUCCACAUCCUCAACCAUCCUACUCGGGUCUUUUGUUUUUUUGUUUUUUUUUUUAAAUCGAGUGUUGGGUCAUAGGAUGCUGCCUAUGUUAGCGCAGCAGCUAGCGUAGCGGCGUCUGUGUUGUUCACACAAAGCACAACUCCCAAACCCGGCCAACCAGCGCCCUCAGAUGAAUGUCUUUCCACAGUGCAGUCCUACUUUGACAUUUCUUCCAGUUUUAAUUUAAGAAAAAACAUUUAAAGAAAAGAUAAAGAUAUAUAUUUAAAGUGUAUAUGUAUAUAUACAUUUGUGUAUAUAUACGUGUACAGAUUUUGAGUGGCAGACCAGUACAAAGCGUUCAUUGUAGCAACUUUUGUUAUGAACAACUUUGUUCCAUUUUGACAGGAGAAAAUAAAGUUUGGUUUAGUGGUGAAUGCUUUCGUUUGGCUAAAGCCGGUUCCGUUUGUUGCCGUCGUCUGACACAGAUCUGUCCGGGCCUUUUGUCUGCGAUCACGUGUUUUAAUUUGUUUGUUUUGUACAAAUAAAGUUGUACUUUUUUUUUUUUUUGGGAGUAUUUGCUUUUGCUAAAGAUGGCCGAACAUGGUUCCUGGUGCCGAAUUGGGGAAAGUAUUGUAAGGACCGCUCUGAUUGGAUACACCCUCCCGUCCAAUGGGAUCGUUGCCCAGUGCUGUGGAGUUCUGGGAUUGGAGGCCCAGGUGUGAACAGGAAGCGGUCGGGUGCCUGCAUGCUCCAGAAAAACAACAACAAAUCGCCUUUCAAUAAUACUUCUUCAGCUUAUACAAAAGAGACUCUUGAUGCGGACGGAAUCCUCGCGGUGAGACAAGAGGAGGUCUGUUGGAGAAGUGAGCUGGACCCGUCCUGACUAAACCCAGAGGUUCACUUUUAGUUCUUUUCUGUGUUUGUGUAUAAAGGGGAUUAUCGGUUAUCGAAGUGUGAACAGGGUGUGGUGGCAGCAGGGUGUUAAACCUGGCCGGUGUGUGCAGAGGAAUGCUCCAGAACAUCCGUGUGUGUGUGUGAGAGAGAGAGUGUGAGUGUGUGUGUGUGUGUGUGUGUGUGUGUACCAGCCCUGCAGAGCGGUGAUCGGAUGGCCGUUACACACACGCUCUUAACGGUGCUCACCCAGCGCAUCCAGGAGGACGUGUUUUUGAGACGCAGCGGUUGUGUCCAGUCAGGGUGUUUGAGUUGGUGAAUUUGCUGGAGUAGGCCUCUCACUAGAAGCUGCUUCUUUAAGGUUUUUGUUCUGUGUGCUUUCCCCUCUCUGUGGAGGAGAUGAACUUUCAGUGUACGAUUUCCUUUUAUUGUGUGGAGAGAAAAAAAAAGGAUUGUAAAAUUCCAUUUUAUUUUAUUCAUACGAAUCAAACUCGUCCUUGUAUUCGCCUGUGUGGUUCGUGUGGUUUGUGUGGUCCAGAACUUCACGGUCCACACUUACCGAACUGUACGUCUUUAGAGUGGUACUGCAUCCUUAUAAUUACUAUGUAAUUAUAAAAAAAUAAACAGAUUGAAGCUUGAAGUGCC